CCCUCCCCAGAAGCAGAGACCCCCGUUCCGGGGCCGCCUGGUGUUCUGCGGGCACGGGACGCUGGAGCGGGACGGGGUCUCGCUGCUGCUCAGCGAUGACGGGGGUCGCAGCUGGCACAGGGGGGGGGUCCUGCCCGCCAUCCCCUUCGGAGCCCCCCGGCGCCCCCACGACUUCACCCCCGACGAGUGCCAGCCGUACGAGCUGCCCGACGGUUCCAUCGCCGUGAGCAUCCGGAACCAGAACCAGUACCGCUGCCGGUGCCGGAUGGUGGCGCGGAGCUGGGACGGGGGGGAGUCGCUGCCCCCCGGCUCGGUCACUCUGGACCCGGCCCUGCCGGACCCUGCGGUGGCCGCGGGGGCGAUCGCGAGCCACGGGCUGGUGCUGUUCAGCAACCCGGCCCACGAGAGCGAGCGCGUGAACCUGACGCUGCGCUGGAGCUUCGACAACGGCACCACGUGGUGGGGGCGUGGCCUGCGCGUGUGGGAGGGGCCGAGCGGGUACUCGGCGCUGGCGGCCUCGCCCCCCGACGAGCUCGGCCACGCCCCCUUGCUCUACCUCAUCUACGAGAAGGGGCGGAGCCUCUCCACAGAGAGCGUCUCAUUGGCCACCAUCAGCCUGGCGGGCGAGCUCUGACCCCGCCCCCCGCGCGCGCAGUAAAGCGAUUGGUUCGGA